AUGACAAGAAUUUUCGGGAUUGACCAAACUCAGGCAGAAACAAACUAUGUGGUUGGAACAUAUGGCAACAUUUCACCGGAAUAUGUGAUGCAAGGCCAGUUUUCUGAGAAGUCUAAUGCUUGGGAAAACUGGAAACAGGGACGAGCACUUGAAUUUGUUGAUCCAACAAUAAGUGCAUCGUAUGACUCUCUCAAGGUCGUAAGCAAUGACCUUACAACACCAAUUCCGGCACUUAAGGAGCCUGCAUUUGUUGCUAGUCAUUACAAUGUCAAUGCCAAUGUUUCUACUUCUCAUCGAGAGAAAGAGGGAAGACCACUUGAAUUUGUCAAUCCAACAAUAAGAGAAUUAUGUGACUCUCUCAAAGUUAUAUGGUGCAUCGAAGUGAGACUUUUAUACGUUCAAACAAUUCCAACAGAUAGACCAACAAUGUCUAAUGUAGUUCACUUGUGCACCGACCAUGCAACAUCAAUUCCACCACUAAAAGAGCCUGCAUUUAUUGCUAGUCAUUCCAAUGUCAAUGCCAAUGUUUCUACUUCUCAUCGAGAGUGUGCCUGUGCAAAUGUAUUUUUCUCUUCAACCUCGUUGCAAAUUAUAUGA